GAGAUGACAGCAAUUGCAAUUCCUCACUCAGAACUGUGUUUCCUUGCAUUCUCAGCACAAAAAAACCCCAAAUAAACUCUACAAAUGUGUUUGCAAUUAAUUUGACAGUGAUAUUAAGAGUGACACUUAUUGUUUAAGACUCUGUUCGUGUUAUCAUUGCAGAUGUCGUGCUCAAACUUAAUAGACCUCAACGAUGAUUGCUUAUUAUGCAUCGCGUCAUUCCUACAUCUUCGCGAUUUACUCAGUUUCGAGCACGUCUGCCAGCGAACGCAACAAGUGGCGCGGUUGCAGUAUCGCAAGUACCGCAGAUAUCGACUCUUAUUGCGCGAAGAGGGCGGAGAAUCUGACAAGGUUUUAUCCAGCAUCGGGGAGUUUAUUGAGUGUAUGGAGUUUUCCUGUGGCUUCACCAUCAGCAGCGACAUAAAGAGGCGAAUCUUGGGGAAUAUCGCGAGAUUCUGCGAGAAAAUGCACACAAUUAUACUCAGAUAUUUCUCUCUGAAUUCCAUUGAGACUAUCGAAGAUUUGCAGCCUCUGGCGAACUGUAAAGCUCUCAAGACAAUUUACCUGAUAAACUGUGAUGCCAACAGUGAGUUUCUGCAAAACUACGAGGAAUUGAAGCAUGUGAAAAUAAUCGACUAUCAUCAGUGAAUGUCUAUUUUGAAGACACUUUGAUUAAAAGAACAGUUGUCACACUUUAUUAAGCAGUUUGAAUGAC